AUGAAUCCAUGUAAGGUAAUCAUUACUACUGGGUUCAUUGCAAGCACACCUAAAAACAUUCCUACUACACUGAAGCGAGAUGGAAGUGAUUUCUCGGCAGCAAUUACGGGCUCUCUACUUAGAGCUGGUCAGGUCACAAUUUGGAUAGAUGUAGAUAGUGUGUAUAGUGAGGAUCCUAGAAAAGUCAGUGAUGUUGUGAUUUUGAAGACACUGUCUUAUCAUGAAGCAUGGAAUAUCUUCAACCUUUCUGCCCCUAUGACAAAGAUAUGUCACCCUGCUGUUAAUGAUAAUGGAUAUAUGGCGAAUCUACAAAAUUUUGUCAAAGAAUUUGCAACUAUAGACAACUUGGCACUUGUAAAUGUUGAGGGAACUGGAAUGGCUUUGGAUAAUGGGCGUAUUUCUCAAGUUGCAAUUAUUCCGAAUUGUAGCAUUUUGGCGGCUGUUGGUCAGAAAUUGGCAAGCCCUCCUGGAAUUAGUGCCACCAUUUUCAAUGCAUUGGCCAAGCCCAGUAUAAAUGUCCGUGCUAUAGCACAAGGUUGUUCUGAGUAUAAUAUUACCAUUGUUGUUAAGCGAGAGGAGAAAGCAGCAUAUUAUAGACCUAAGAUUCUUAUCUGUGGGGAAAGUUCUUAA